UCUUCAUUCGGCGGCGUGUUCUUCUCAUCUAAGUUCCUGGUUCCUGGGCGGUGUGCGACGCCGGCUUUUCGCGGACUACUUACUCUCGUGGCCGGCUCUGGACUGUCGCUCUCUGCCUUUCAGCGCCGGGACCACUGCUUGUGCGCGCACUUCACGCCGCCUCACGCGACAAGCUUAUGGCGGAGCGCGGGGAACUCGAUCUGACGGGCGCCAAACAGAACACCGGCGUGUGGCUGGUCAAGGUUCCUAAAUAUUUGUCCCAGCAAUGGGCAAAAGCCUCUGGAAGAGGUGAAGUUGGGAAACUGAGGAUUGCCAAAAAUCAAGGAAGGACUGAGGUAUCAUUUACUUUGAACGAGGAUCUAGCAAAUAUUCAUGACAUCGGUGGGAAACCAGCUUCAGUCAGUGCUCCUAGAGAACACCCAUUUGUCUUGCAAAGUGUUGGCGGACAGACAUUAACAGUGUUUACAGAGAGCUCCUCAGAUAAACUGUCAUUGGAAGGAAUAGUGGUGCAGAGAGCGGAAUGCCGGCCUGCUGCCAGUGAGAACUACAUGAAAUUAAAGAGAUUGCAAAUAGAAGAAUCUUCCAAACCUGUAAGGCUCUCACAACAGCUGGACAAAGUUGUAACAACCAACUACAAGCCUGUUGCUAACCAUCAGUACAAUAUUGAAUAUGAAAGGAAGAAGAAAGAGGAUGGAAAGCGAGCUCGGGCAGACAAACAACACGUCCUAGACAUGCUGUUUUCUGCCUUUGAGAAACAUCAGUACUAUAAUCUUAAGGACUUGGUGGACAUCACAAAGCAACCUGUGGGAUACCUGAAAGAAAUCUUGAAAGAAAUUGGCAUUCAGAAUGUAAAAGGAAUUCACAAGAACACAUGGGAGCUGAAGCCGGAGUACAGGCAUUACCAAACAGAAGAGAAGAGCGACUGAGAGACGCGCGUGCUAAAGAGUCAGUCAUAGGCAGACCUGGCCAGCCACACCACACGCUGCCUGCCUGCCGGCCUUGACAGGACAAAGACACCUGGGUCUGCCAUUCCUCUCAGUAAACUGUUAAAGCUGGGAUUCCAUAAAAGUUUCUUAAGUGUUUUCUGAAGAGAAAGAUGUUAUUUAUAGACUAAACUCAUGUUACACCAUUCAGCGGGCAUGCUGGCACAUGAAUGUGUCCAACACUCAGGAGACUGAGGCAGGCAGGUGUGAGUGAGUUUGAGACCAGCCUGGAAUACACAGCAAGACCUCCCCCAUAAAAGAAAAAAAUUAUGGUAUGGGUAGAGGUCUGGGAAUUAAAACUACUUUUGUUUUUAGUGGUUAACUUUGCAAGUGUAAAUGGGAUAUUUCCUAAAUGAAAAUUGUGUCUCUGAGGAACUAAGGUAAGAAAGGAGAAAGGUGUGGGGUGGGGGGGGUCGUCAGCUAAGAAACGAUUUCAGGAACACAGAGUCCAAGUUCCUUUUUCUGAAACUGAAGAGGGAACUUGUCCCUGUCUGCAGAGGUAAUGUUUCACCUCCAACCAUAAGUUAAUAAAGAGAUCUGUUCCCUUUGUAUUA